AUGUAUGAAUGGCUUAGAACAUCUGGCCUUGAAUCUCAAACAGAAGGGUUUAUCAUUGCUGCACAAGACCAGUGUAUCAAGACCAACUACUAUAGGAAUAAGAUCUUAAAAGAUGGAACAGACCCAAUGUGUAGGAUAUGUGGCAAAAACCAAGAAACUAUAGACCAUCUUGUUUCUGGCUGCUCAGAAUUGGCCAAACAGAAUGUCGAAAGAAUUAACACGACUGAGAGCUGUGAGAGGCGCAUACAAAGGCCACGUUACACAAGACUUGACCAAAGCCGACAGUCAAAGCCGAGCGCUGAAGACGACGAAUCAGAAGAGCUAGUAGCAACCCUCGAACGCCUUACCAGGAGAGAAGACGAAAUAACAUCGCUAGACAGCAACAUAGUGAACCUACUAGAUGACGCAGACGCCAUAGAGAAAGACGUCGAAGAGGCGCUAACGCUGCAAGACAAGAUAUCAGUGGUCAAGACAAGAAUCACAAGAUAUAUUCAAAGCAAGAACCCGGUAAGACCAAACCAAAACACACACGCCGAAUCGUCCUCAAAAGCAUAUGUCAAUCUACCAAAAAUGACAAUCAAACCAUUUCACGGAAACCCCCUUGAAUGGCAAACAUUUUGGGAUAGCUUCAGCGCUACCAUAGAUGAAAACAACAACCUUUCGAAUGUCCAAAAAAUGUCUUAUCUAAGCGGAACUCUAAAAGACGAAGCAGCGCGCGCGAUUGCCGGACUCCCAAUGACGUCCAACAAUUAUGAAAAAGCAACACAGAUUCUAAAAGAACGUUUCGGACAAAACAAGUCCUGAUAAACGCGCACAUGGAAUCCUUGCUAAACAUCUCGCCGCCGACAAACAACAUUACAAAGCUAAGGGAAUUCUACGAUACAUGCGAAUCAAACAUACGGGGACUAGAAGCUCUAGGCAUCAAUGCAGACUCAUACGGCAAUCUUUUGAUCCCAAUACUACUUAAAAAACUACCGGAAGAAAUGACUAGACUCGUAUUUCGGGCCAACGCAUCGGCUGACAAAUCACUCGCCGAACUCAGAUCAGAAAUCAGAAAGGAAAUUGAAACACGCGAGAGGAGCACGGCGGCAACAAGCGCGUCAAGCCAAAUAGAGGACGAACUCCUUGUCCC